AAACAGAGAAACAGUCGAUUUCACUGAUCCCACAUUGUUCUCGUCCACUUCUUAAUCUCUUAUAUUUGAAAGCCACUGUUGGCUUGGGAGGAAAAUACGCGAGGAGGCUCGCUAAGAGAAGAAAGAGAAAGAUAGUCAAAAGGAUUGAGGCUUUAAACAAGAUAAGGAACACUGUUCAAAUUGCUUACUCUAGGAAUUAAUUUUAAACAAACUACAAUUUUUAAACAAGGCAUUCAUUUGUUUUACGAUUGCAGUUUAGAGAAUUUAAAGAAAACUUUGAAAUAUAAUUAAAUUCUUUAAAUAUACUGGGUGGGCAAUGUGAGUUGCUGACGCAAUAUUAAAAGCAACUCCAAUAAACAAGUGUCAACAAUGAAUAAACACUGUGGAAGGAUGGGAUCUGGAUGGGGUACCAGCUGAAUGUAUGAUAACAUCCUCCAUUUCACACACUUCUUUUGAGAGGUUAGAAACAUCUGAAAGAAUGGAAAUUGAGUGGGUGAGGAGAUUCCUAUGUUUGCUCAUAGUUCUUCAAGUACAGACAUUGUCCUUCACUGAAACCCAUGGUCCUGCCUCAGACAUCUGUGCAACUCACAUCAUCUUGCCAGGUCCAAAAGGUGAGCAAGGCGAAACAGGUGACCCUGGUGAACCUGGGAAAACAGGAAAACUGGGUCCAUCGGGACCAAAAGGAUUGACUGGUGAACCUGGUCAGAAUGGAGAAGUUGGACGAAGGGGUAAAAUAGGUCCGGUUGGUUUAAAAGGUGAUAAAGGAAAUAAAGGUUACCCAGGACCUCCUGGAUUGAAAGGUGAAUCAGGUAGCUUCUGUGACUGUGGAAGAUACCGGAAAAUUGUAGGUCAGAUGGAUAUCAACAUUGCUCGUUUGAACAAUACAAUGCGCUUUGUAAAGAAUGUAAUAGCAGGCAUUAAAGAGACAGCAGAGAAAUUUUACCUCAUUGUGAAAGAAGGGAAGAAUUACAAUGCUGCACUUGUGCACUGCCAAGACAGAGGAGGGACGCUAGCAAUGCCAAAGGAUGAAGAAACAAACACACUGAUUGCUGCCUAUGUGAACAAGACCGGUUUAUCGCGAGUGUUCAUUGGGGUGAAUGACCUAGAAAAGGAAAGACAAUUCAUGUAUACUGAUGCUACCCCUCUCCAGGAUUAUAGUCAUUGGAGACCAGGAGAACCCAACAAUGCGUUUGGAGGUGAGGACUGUGUAGAAAUUGUAAGUGAUGGAGGCUGGAAUGAUGUGGAAUGCCAUCUCACCAUGUAUUUCAUCUGUGAGUUUUUAAAAAAGAUUUCAUGACCGAACCGGUUUUACCAAAGAUGACAUUCAUGAGUGGCUCAUAAUAAAAAUAUUCUGUUUUUAUCUUUGGUUCAUAAUGUGGUAAAUGGUAAUUAAGUACACAUAAUUAGAUCAGUCAAUUCUAUAUUAAAUCAUAAAAUUAUGUACAAAGCUUUUGGAUUUCAAAGGAAGAUGUUGGGGUGAAAUAUUGUUCAAAGAUUUACUUUACUGAUUCAGAAUUUGACUAUUUUGAACUCCAAUUUUUUUUUGGUGUGUUUUGCAAUCAGGGCAGCAUAAUCUAAUAUGUUCCCUGCAGGGUUCCAUGUAAUUUAGCCCCGUACAUUAUUUCCUACUAUACAGCCCAAACCUUUUAAUAUAAUUGUCUCUUUUAUUGUUUAACAGCAGACUCCAUUAUGAAAUCUGUAACACCUUUACAAUCGCUUUUCAAAGAGGUGUGUACCCUAGGUGCUAUGCAUUUUCCAAUUUCUUGUUGUACUUGAUAUAUAUGUCACAAAAAUACCAAAUUCUCAACCACGUGGUCAGCAUUUGUAACUUUUGAGCAUUUGUAACUAAAGUAAUUUGCUCCCUCUGCUGUUAAUUUUUUAAACUCCACUCCAGCAGGUGGGAAAGGUAUAGGGUUAAGGGGAUUAAAAUGGAGAAAAUUGGGUGAUCAGUCAAAGGUUGGUCUGGUAUUAUUUUCUCUUUGGUGAUAUUCAAGUCCUGUUCAGGCAGUAAAACAUCCAAAUAUGUGAAAUUCUUGUAUUCCUUCUUACAUAGUUCCUGUUGUUCAAAAGAUAAACAGCUGUCUGUGUACUUCAUUCCGAACAGAAAUAACACAAUGGAGAGUGCUACUAUUAUUCUUGAACCAUCUUCUUAGAUAGUGGGGACCUGUAAGCAAAUGUUCAACUGUAAUCUGAAUAGGCAGAAUCCCAGUUCAUGGAUAAUCUGGUCAUAUGAUAUGAAUCCAUCCUGGGAUAUCUGGGAGCAAAAAUUCUCUACUGUGAGAAUAAAUCCAAAAGCUGUUUUUACAAAGCUAACAGCAUUGAUUAUAUCUCAGUCCACUGGCAAGAAAGAUGCAAUAGCAGCUCCAUGGGAAAGAGAUAUUUCUGCCAUUUGGAGGAAUUCCAACUAUUGGAUCAUGGAACUUGACUCUUGUCAUGUUUGUUUGGACUUUCUCCACUUUUCAUCUUCCAAUUCAGUCAAAGCUAGGAAGAAAGUCUCAAUAAGUCUAAAAAAUCUCCACUAGAACCAAGACCAGGAGUUGGCCCAAGCAAACUAUCAGUUAACCCCAUCUUGGGCUCCACUGAUGUCACAACUCAGACCCAGCUGCCUGCUGCAUUCACUGCCAAGCUACUGGUUCUGGUAAUGAUCAAUGGCUACUGGUUCCUUCUCGAACUGCUUCAGGCUAUCAGCAGUACCAGCUUGGCAAGUGAGGUGUCUCCUGGCCACAUUUACAUACAAGCUUAGCUUCAAGUGGCUGCACCUGAUACACACUGAUUACAGUGCCUGCUUCUGCGCACAUGUGGAUAUAACUAGUCACUGUGUACCAGCAGGACGAGUUUGUUUCCCUCGAUGUGGGAUAUCAGUCAUGCAGGGAGUCACUGCAACAUCGCUUGCUGUAAUUUAUCAUAGUCCCUUUCUUUAUGCAGUAAGAUAGUGCUACUUACCCAAAACAGCUUGCAGCAGCAGUGAGAAUGAAGUUCAGAGAGUGAGAAAGACAUUAAGAGUUGGAACUUUCCUGUUUAAAAACAUAUUUCCCAUUAGUCUUCUGUUUUGAAAAAGCUGUUGUCAAAUGGAGGUACCUGACACAUUUUGUUUUAGUUUUUGUCUCCUCAAUACUUGAACAUUACUUAGUUCCCGUCCAAAAGUACAUGACGUUAAAUGUAAAUCAUUGUUAUUUUACUUUGCCUUGUAUAGUUUGCACCUAUGUUUAUCUC